AUAAAUACAUUCCCGACCAGACACAAAACACAACAACAACAUAAUUUCACACCAAACACAUACACAAACAUCAUUUAACUGUUUAGUUUUAUCAUUCAUCUGAAAAACAAGAAAAAUGGUUGCGGAGUUUAAGUCGACGGUGGAGGCUACUGCGGCGAACUGUCUGAUGCUUUUAUCAAGAGUCGGACAAGAAAACGGUGGAGAUAUAAAACGCGUUUUCACAUGUAAGACGUGUUUAAAGGAGUUCCAUUCGUUUCAAGCAUUGGGAGGUCACCGUGCAAGCCACAAGAAGCCUAACAACGAGAAUCUAUCUGGUCUGGUAAAGAAACCAAAAACGCCGUCGCCACAUCCUUGUCCGAUAUGCGGAGUGGAGUUUCCGAUGGGACAAGCUCUUGGAGGACACAUGAGGAAACAUAGGAACGAGAAUGGCGGCGGAGUCACGUUGGUUACACGAGCGUUAUUGCCGGAGCCGACGGUGACGACGUUGAAGAAGUCGAGCAGUGGGAAGAGGGUGGCUUGUCUUGAUCUGAGUUUGGGGAUGGUUGAGAACUUGAAUCUCAAGUUGGAGCUUGGAAGAACAGUUUAUUGAUUCUUGUUUUUCUUUCUGGAUAUAUUAGUUAGUCUCUCCCAUUCUUUGAAUUUUUCCUUAAUAUUUUAGACUGAUACCUAAAUCUGCAGAUUUAGGAAACUUUCAUAGGGUGUAAUAUUAUCUUUUCUAGUGUAUAUAUUUUAUUUAGCAUUGGAGAUUUGUUAUAUAUUAUAUCUUUUGCAAGCUAGA